UUUUCAGAAAGUUUAUUUAAUUUUUCUUUAUAAUAAUUUUUUUUAUUAUAAAAUUAUUUCCGGGAAUUGAGAGUCGGGCUAGACAAACCACAGUAUUUUACGAGAAAUUCGUGAAAUAUAAUUGAAUAAUCUGUGAAAGUAAUAUAGACAAGAAAUUGUAUAAAAUCACUUGACUCAAUGAUUUUAAAUUCAGUGCUAAACUCGUUGCUGCAGUGUUAAACAAAUAAUUGGAAUAUGAAUUCUUUGAGUUUUUUAGUAUUUUUGAUACUUGGAGUAUCAAUGACAAUUGCUGGAAGAAAAUAUAUUGCAAUACCAAUUGAUGGACUUGAUGUAUUUGAAUUAAGUCCAGUUGUACAACAAGUUCAAAGAUUACCAAGACAAACUGAAGCCUAUGUUGUUCAUCAAAAUGAGCCAGAAAGUCAAGUACCAAGAAUUGAAAGAUCAAAUUCACAAAUAAUGGAUUAUGUUGAUUUUGGAGCACAAACUGGUAAUAAUGGUGCAUUCAGUUGGUUUGCUGAUUAUCCAGUUAAUCAAUGAAUAUAAAUAUUUAACAAUAUAUUCUUGGUGUUUAAAUAAUUAAUAAUAAAUCAAUA